AUGGGUCUCAUCGAGAAACUGCAGGCUCGCCUCGAGCUCUACCGUCUGGAGCAGCGCUACACACGCCGCGAGAAGCGCUCCACCUUCAUCAGCGAAGCACAGUACGUCGACGGCGAGUACGUCUACGCCUCGUCACCCUCCUCGUCCACAAAAUCGGCCGCCACAAGCAGCUCGCGCCGCUUCAGCAAAAUGCCCUCCAUGACCGCUGUGCGGGUGAAGGAGUUGGCGCGCGCUGGCACUGCCCGCCCGUGA